CGCGAGAUUUCCUUCGUGUUGCGGAACAGCUGACUACGCAAGGAAUGGUGCGACGGAGCGCUAUGAUUUUUUGGAAGAAAAUUCCGUGACCUUUUUGGGGGGGUUAAAAUAUAUAUUUUUGAAGAAAACAAUGGCUGAGACGGACCCCAAGUCAGUGCAGGAUCUUACAAAUGUGGUCCAGACCUUGCUGCAACAGAUGCAAGACAAGUUCCAGACCAUGUCAGACCAGAUCAUCGGGAGGAUUGAUGAGAUGAGCACACGGAUUGAUGACCUGGAGAAGAACAUUGCUGACCUGAUGACCCAGGCAGGUGUGGAAGAAAAUGAGGCAACACCCGAAAAGCCGAAAGAGGGUCAAGGCUCCUCGUGAAGGUUCCUAGAGACACGCAGUCUGAUGCUGUGUACUGGUGCAGUGGAGUUCCAAUCCUGAGGAUGACAUUGAUUUGAUGUUUGCGUGAUUUUUUUAAAUAUAUAUAUAUAUAUAUAUAUAUAUAUAUAUAUAUAUAUAUAUAUAUAUAUAUAUAUAUAUAUAUAUAUAUAUAUAUAUAUAUAUAUAUACACACACACAGACUGACUAUUGUGACAAACUGUUACAUGUAUUGAUUUUUUUGGGGGGGUCUGAAUGUUAUUUGUAAGGUAGAGUAGUGUGGUUUGCUUAUUAGAAUUUUAGAAUGCUUUUGUGCACAAAUACAAAUUGAUUUAGUGCACUGACCAGGGUGUUGUCCGAUAUCAUAGCGGAUUCUUGGGACGUGCUGGUUGAUGGAGGCGGUUGCCCAGGGCUGUUGUGACAAAUUCACAUUGGAGAACAUCAUUACAGUGGCAGACAAUACUGUUGAUGAGGUGUGAGAUGCAUUCCAACAGAGAUUUCCUUCUAUUAAAAAUAUUUACUAAAACACAGUUGUACUGUAUUACACAGGUUAAAGUUGGUGCUAGGACAUAUUUUGUAUAUAAUUAACUACAAGGUGCUUUUCAACUGUUUCAAUGCAAGUUAAUAUCUCAUGACUUAUGUUCACUCUGUACGCUUUAGUUCAUCCAAAUAAACUGGGUGUUUCCAACUGAAAAGACACCUGGCACGUCACUGCAUUUUAGGAAUCUUUAUUCAAAUAAAUGCAAACACAAAAUACAGCAAUAUGACAAAGUGUCCAACAGAGAAGCAGCAAACAAAACUGUCAAAGAGUAGAGCUUGACUGUGACCUAAAACUGCAUGAAAAUGUCAACAAAUGACAUGUCAAGAUGUUACAAAUGUAACAUGAAUCACUUUAGUUUAUAUUAUGGCAGAUCGGUUGUUUAUUGCAUUCAUGUCCAAGUGGGCAGUUAGAACUCAAAGUCCACCUCCGUCAUCUCAAUGGCCCAGGCAAACUUGUCUCUUUGGCUCUUAUUGUAGAUUUUUUCAAUAGGUAUCCCCAUUCUUUUACACCUGAAACAGUCAAAAGACACAUCAUAUUCUGCAAAAUCUUGAAAAGAGUCACAACUUUUGGGUAUAUUUGGUAACAUACUGCUAAUAAAGUUAGACGCAAAUGCAGUCAUUAUAUAUAUAUCACCAGUACUGUUAUUUUAAGGAGAUUACAU